GCUAAAGCACCACGUGUCCAUCCAUCUUCACAGCACUUUUCUACGACGCUCUCCCUUCCCCUUCCCUCUUUCAAAAAACUAACUUUGACAAACUUUCGACUUCAAAACCCUAAAAUCACCAUUAUCAUCAUAAUAUGUCGUCGCAACGCAAUAAAAUUCCAGAAAAUAUCGUCAUACUCGACGACAGCAGCGACGACGAAGACACGCCUAGCACUAAUAGAACAAUACUCACUCCCACACCGCCACCAAGUGCACCUCACGCGCCACCGCGACCGGCAGAGCCACCCGUUGCAACCACCGCAGCUGUUCGAUCGCUCGAUUCUCAAAGCUUCUGGAAAGCCGGUGCUUACGAAGAAAUUAACUUAACUAGACCUACUCUAUUACCAGGGGAAUUAGAACAUGCUCGUGUUCAUCCGAAGUUUCUGCAUUCUAAUGCUACUUCUCAUAAGUGGGCGUUUGGAGCAAUAGCUGAGCUAUUCGAUAAUGCUGUUGAUGAGAUAAACAACGGUGCAAGCUUUGUUAAGGUUGACCGCAUAUACAAUAAAAGGGACAACUCCCCUGCCUUGCUCUUCCAAGACGAUGGGGGUGGAAUGUGUCCAGAUUCCUUGCGGAAGUGCAUGAGCUUGGGGUACUCCAUGAAAAAGGCAAACACAACAAUUGGACAAUAUGGAAAUGGAUUCAAGACAAGUACCAUGCGUCUAGGUGCUGAUGUGAUUGUCUUCAGUCGUUCAUCCCGUGCCAGCCAAGCAACUCAAAGUGUUGGUCUUUUAUCUUAUACGUUUUUGCGUAAAACUGGGCAAGACGAUGUGAUUGUUCCAAUGGUUGAUUUUGAUAUCUCUAAUCACUGGGCUGAACCAAUAAUAUAUGGAUCUCAGGAUGAUUGGUCAUCAAACCUGAAAACAAUAUUGGAAUGGUCUCCAUUUGUAUCAAAAGAUGAACUUUUGCAACAGUUUGAGGACAUUGGCUCUCAUGGCACAAAAAUAAUAAUUUACAACUUGUGGCUGAAUGAUGAAGGCGUAUUUGAAUUGAGUUUUGAUGACGAUGAUGAGGAUAUAAGAUUGAGAGAUGAAAUCAGCCGUGUGGCUCUGACCAAAGCCUCAAAGAAAGCAAUUGAAACUCAAGCCCAUAUAUCAUACCAGCUACGAUUUUCAUUAAGGGCAUAUGCUUCGCUGUUGUACCUAAGAAAGUUGGAGAACUUCAAAAUCAUUUUAAGGGGGAAACCAGUUGAGCAGUAUAAUAUUGCAGAUGAGUUGAGACAUCCAAAAGUAGUUACUUACAGGCCACAGGUUUCUACUGCAUUAAAAGAGCCUACUGUGGAAACUACUCUGGGAUUUCUUAAAGAAUUCCCUGCAAUUUCAAUAAGCGGAUUCAACGUCUACCACAAAAAUCGACUCAUCAGGCCAUUCUGGAAAGUCACUGGUGAUGGUAACUCACAGGGGAUAGGUGUUGUUGGAGUGCUUGAAGCAAAUUUCAUAGAACCAGCGCAUGACAAGCAGGAUUUUGAGAGGUCAUCUCUUUUUCACAGGCUGGAAAUGAGGCUGAAGCAGAUGCAACUGGAAUACUGGAGGGGCCACUGUGAGUUGGUAGGGCACAGACCUUUAGAUAAGAAAACCAGUGCCCGUACCCUGCAAAAUAAUAUUUCUAUCAGUCCUCCAGUUGAACACAAUAGGAAUGUGCAGCAGAACUUUCAAAGUAGUGACAGUGCUACUGGUAUUUCAGCUAAUGGCCAAGAUAAGAUUUUGAACAAGCCUUUUAUUGCUUGCAUCACCAAUCCACGGCAGGAGUUGAGUGGAUUACAGCCACGGAAAAGCUCUGGAACAAGUUUUAAUAAUGAGAUGGCAGUUCAGCCUCCCGGUAAACAUGCAGCUAAGUCUGUUGAAGGACAGCUUGUAGAAAUUUCAGGAUCUGCUGCAUCAAUUGAUCAAAUCUGUGAGGAGAAUAUCCAACUGUUUGUGAGGUGCGAGGAACAUGCAGAAAAGGAAAAAUUGUUAAAACGUACGGUUGAAGAAUUAGAAAAGGAAUUGGAAGACACCAGAAAAAAGUGUGCUGAACUUUCUUCACACCUGGAAAGGCAGAGGAAGGACAAAAUUAUAAUUCAAGCUGCAACAACUUGAUAAAACCAUCUCUGACAUGACUGGGAAAAAGUAGUGAAGUUUAAAAGGAUGUAUAUCUUGCUCUUCUCUGGUAGGACUUGUUUACCGCUUUGCUUGUUUACUUAAGGUACUUGUGUAAUGUAUUACUAGGCAGUCUUCCGUUAUAUCGUGUAUAUUUCUGCUAUUGUUGAUAUAACCAUUUAACUAUUUCUUUCAAUCAAGAGACAUAAUGUC